CAAUCAUUGACUCCAUUGAUGGGCGUUAAACCCGAUGGCUUUUUACCUGAUGAUAUACAUCGUUCAUGGGAAUCUCUUCUUCUCCCCGAAAACGGCGGGAUUCUGAAGGUCCGGACGGAUAACAACACCAUUACCGACUACGGGAUCUCCAUGUUCCAUCAGCUUCAUUGCCUCACUGUUCUUCGGGGGCUGAUUUUCCCUGAAACCUCUCAACAUCAUGGUGUUUCGACUUCGCCGUCACAUUCUGGUGAUGAGCAUGAAGACGCAGUGCACUGGGCUCAUUGUUUUGAUUAUAUUGCCCAAUCCAUAAUUUGUGCAGCAGAUGGUACUAUUGAGCCACCUCAUCCAGCGAUUAAUAAAGAUGGGGAUCGAAUCCUCGUUAUCGAUGGGAUUGGACAUGCCCAUCAAUGCAGGGACCCGGAGCCGUUAUGGAGGGCUGUUCGAGAUAGUGGGAGCAAUCCCGUUUAUCUUUCUGAAGUGAAGGAUACUGUUGGCCAUAGUAAAUUUCCUCUGAACGAGGAAGCUACGUGCCAGGGUGCUUGUUUGAUGCCGGAGCCGUACCGGACCGGAUGA